AAGGGCUGGCUAUGAAUUAGGGAUCAUACCAGAGAGAGAGAGAGAGAGAGAUUUUUGCAGUGUUUUCUAGAGGUGAAGUUUUCCGUAGGUUGGUAACUUGUGGUUUUUGGGUUGGACCGUUGGUGUUGGAGUCAAUCACAUCACUUUUGUAACAUCAGUGACAUCACAGUCAAUCCAACUCCAACGAGUUGAACACUGAACAGUGAGUGUGUGUGUGUGUGUGUUGGCAGCAGCCGAAGGAAACGGUGAACGGCCGCAGCUGCUGAUGUCCGUGAGGCAGCAUAACAUUUUAUCAAGUGGCACUGUUACAGCAGUGUGCACUGUGCAAGUUCAGCACGUACCGUAGUCAGGCGGCACACCGCAGAUGGUCUCACUCUCAGGUCUGUAUUCCAUCCUGAAGGAACUCCUGCAGACCAGACACCUCAUCAAAAAGAAUGUCCUCAUCAAUUGUAACAUUGGGGCAUUUCCUUCUAAGAGUUUCUACUGCCUUCUCAAUUUCCAACCGCUGAGGCCGUUUUCUCAGGAGAAGACAGCUCAGGUCUUGGAGAUCGUCAGUACGCUUACCCCAUGCAUCCAGAGAGGACAAUCAACCAAUAUUUUUCCUUCUUUGAGCAAACGCUGCUAUUCUAAGAUGGUGGAUAACUUGAAGAAAGUGCUGGAGUCUGUAGCUGCAAUAAACACUGUCAAGCAGGCUACAAUUACUAGUACAAGAGAAAACUCCUCUGGUAAAAAGGAUGUUGGGAUUGAGGUACAGUGGAGCUGUUUCAACUUGGCUGCCUCAGAAUACACUUAUAAUCUGUCUAACUACAUUAUUCAAGAUGGCAGGAUUAUGUCCCAUCAUCCUGCCCCAAUUAGCAAGAAUGUGUUAUUGAGGCAGACAAGUAACUCAGGCAGAGUGACUGCUUGUGUUGUAACAUCAGAUAAAGACAAAGAGAAAGAACAUGUGAUGGUAAUGAAGACGGAUGGAUUUAUGACCACAAUUGACCUCAAAGAAAUUGAUAAACAUGGAAAGGUUUAUACAGAUGAGGAAUUCUCUUGCUUGGAGUGGUCACCAGAUGAGACAACCCUUGUUUAUGUUGGUGAGAAGAAACAACCCAAGCCUACCAGUUUCUUUGCUUCAUUCAAAGAGGGAAGUGAAGAUGGAAGAGGCCAAGAGUUUCUUUAUAGGAAUGACUGGGGGGAGCAGAUGAAAGGAAAACAUCAGAGUGUUGUGUGCUUUCUUAAUGUGAACACUAAAGAACUUAGCUGCCAUGAGCUACCUGACAACCUGUGUCCAGCCCAGAUGGUGUGGACUGCUGAUGGCACUGGAGUGUUUGGAGUUGCUUUUGAAAGUCAGCCAUUUCGUCUUGGCUUGGUGUAUUGCCACAACAGAGUCUCCAAGCUCUUCCAUAUGGAUUUAAAUGGAACUUUCACUGUUAUUUCAGAGGGCUUGAGUAAUAUUCGAACUCCUCGUGUCAGCCCAGAUGGGAAAAAAAUAGCAUUCCUACGGUCAAAAGUUGGAGGACCACAUGCAAAAUGUUCCCAGCUGUGUCUGUUGUCAUGGCCUUCAAAGCAGGAACAGAUAGUUGUAGAUGUUGUUGAACGGGAGAAGCGUAUUCAUGAUGACCAUUUGUUCUUUGGCAUUUAUACUUUCUCUGGCCUUCCACGAAGAUGCUGGCUCAAGGACAGUGAGCGGCUUGUGAUUUCAACAAUCUCACGUUCUGAUAUUGUUUCCUAUGUGAUACAUACAACUGAUGGUACAAUAGUGGAAAUACCACACAUAGGAAGUCAUAUGGUCACUGAUGUGUUUGAUGACUACUUGCUGGUAAACUUCUCUACCCUUGCCCAUCCCAAUCAAAUUUUGUUGGCCUCUGUUCCUAGCAAAGGUCAAGAAAUCUGUAUUGAAAUGAAUCAGGUAACUCCUACUCGAAAGAUUCCAAAUAUAUCGAGUCUAGAGUACAGUGUUUGGGAAUUUGUAAAUGAUACUCCACAUCCUAAUCCCAAGUAUUCUGAUACCUCCAUUUCUCUUCUGUACUAUGGUCCAGUUUCAAAUACUAAAGGUGGCCCAAAAAGACCACUCAUCUGCUGGCCUCAUGGAGGGCCCCAUAGCAGUUCUGUCAAUUCAUAUUCUAUGGCUGCAACAUUUUUUGUUGCUCUUGGAUACUCAAUUGUUUUUGUCAAUUAUCGGGGGUCUGUUGGCUUUGGACAAGAUGGUGUAGACUCUCUUCCUGGCAACUGUGGGCUAACAGAUGUCGAUGAUGUUCACAAAGCUACCCUAAAUUGUCUAAAGAGAUUUUCAGAAGUUCUUGAUGAAUCCAAAGUUUUCCUUGUUGGUGGAUCACAUGGAGGCUUCCUAGUCACCCAUCUAGCUGCCCAGUACCCAAAGCUGUAUAAAGCUGCCGCCAUCAGGAAUGCGUCUUGUGAUUACACAACUGCACUUGCUGGUAAAGACAUUCCAGACUUGUGCUUUGUUGAAAGUGGAUUUACAUAUGAACAUGGGAAGAUCCCAGAUGGUGCCACACUCAGUAAGAUGCUGGAGAUAUCUCCCAUAAAUCGGAUUGACAACAUCAAGGCUCCAAUAUUGCUGCUUGUGGGGAAGAAUGAUGCCCGAGUGCCUCCUUCACAGAGCUUGUACUUUCAUCGCUUGUUGCUGGCUCGAGGAGUUGAGACAAAGCUUCACUUAUAUGAUGACUGUCACCCCCUUCGCAAGGUGGAAGUGGAAGCCGAUUGUUUAAUUCACAUAGCUCUGUGGCUUGGAAAACAUUGGAAUAAGGCUACAGAGUAGCUGCAGGUAGGGAAACUUCCUUCAGAAACAAAGAUAGAUAUUUAAAGACAUCUUAAUGGGUAAAGAAGGCAAGUAAAGAAAAGAUGUAUAUAUAUACGUGUGUGUGUGUGUGUGUGUGUGUGUGUGUGUGUGUGUGUGUGUGUGUGUGUGUGUGUGUGUGUGUGUGUGUGUG